UGACUCGAAACUGCCGUGUAACAAUUUGACCUGGCUAGUGUGGUUGUGGAUGUGAAUAGCAGCGCAGCAGACUAAAAAGGGAUCAAACCAUAGACUGGAUCAAACCUGCCUAGUUUUGUUGCACUGGUCUCAUAUAUUUACUGUAGAGUUUAGCAUUCUUGAAAAACUAGCGCACAAGCUAACAGCUGUGGACUAAUGGCAGCUGUGAAGAGUAUAAACAAACUGUAUGGAGUCUGUGUCCAUGCUGCUCGUCGGACGGCAGGACUGAAGGCAUCCCGUCUGCUUCAACACAGAGCCUUCAGAGUCGGUGCCGUGCAACGACAGCAGCCCUUUGAUUCAUCACUGGAAAAACCACAGUUCCCUGGGGCCUCAGCAGAGUUUGUGGAUCAUCUUGAGUUCAUCCAGCCCAAUGUCAUCUCCGGGAUCCCAGUUUACCGGGUGAUGGACAGGCAGGGCAACAUCAUCGACCCCUCUCAAGACCCUCAGCUCUCCAAAGAGCAAGUUCUGAACUUUUAUCAGAAGAUGACUCUGCUGAACACGAUGGACCGCAUUCUUUAUGAGUCCCAGAGACAGGGUAGGAUUUCUUUCUACAUGACCAACUAUGGAGAGGAGGGGACACAUAUUGGUAGUGCUGCUGCACUUGACCCAGAGGACAUAGUCUUCGGUCAAUACAGAGAAGCUGGAGUGCUGAUGUACCGUGGUUUCCCUCUGGAUAUGUUCAUGGCUCAGUGCUACGCCAAUGCUGAUGACCUUGGCAAGGGCCGUCAGAUGCCUGUCCACUACGGCUCUAAAGACCUGAACUUCGUCACCAUCUCCUCUCCUCUGGCCACUCAGAUUCCACAGGCGGCCGGAGCUGCAUACGCUCUAAAGAGGGAAAACAUGAACCGUGCUGUCAUCUGUUAUUUUGGUGAGGGAGCGGCCAGCGAAGGGGAUGCACAUGCAGGCUUCAAUUUCUCCGCCACCCUAGAGUGCCCAAUAAUAUUCUUCUGUCGCAACAACGGCUACGCAAUCUCUACCCCCACCAACGAGCAGUACAGGGGAGAUGGCAUCGCUGCCCGUGGUCCGGGUUAUGGAAUGCUUUCCAUCCGUGUCGAUGGUAACGAUGUGUUUGCUGUGUACAAUGCUACAAAAGAGGCGCGCCGUAGGGCUGUGGCUGAGAACCAGCCCUUCCUCAUCGAGGCAAUGACCUACAGGUUAGUUUAUUGUUGGAACUAUCUGAAACCAUUCUGUAUUUUUAGACUGUCUCAUGAAGUGACAUAAGCCGACAGCUCAUGA